AUUUCCUUCAUGACUUAGGUAAUGCCAUCUUGAUACGAAAAUAGUGUCGCAUGAGUUGUAUAAAACGGAGUAUUAUCGUCUUUAUAUAGUAUACAGAGAUUGCAAUAUUUUGCUUUAUUCUGAUUAGAACAGAAACCGACACUGUUAAGAGUGUCAUUUUCCGAGAGAGUUUUGUUUAGUGGCUCAUUCAUUCCGAGCAGUCACAUUUUUCUGAACGGGGAGCGCUGCUGCUAGUGGCGCUAACAAAGGAAUAUCUGGAUCCGAGCAGUUGUUCAUUGGUAAAGCUCAAUUGAGGAGAGAUGGCCGAGAUGUACAUUCGCAUCGCGGAGGAGGAGAACGAGGAGCCGAUGGAGAUCCCGUCGGAGGACGACGGGACGGUGCUGCUGUCCACGGUGGCCGCUCAGUUUCCAGGGGCUUGUGGCCUGCGUUACCGGAGCCCAGUGUCUCAGUGCAUGAGGGGGGUACGCCUUGUGGACGGAAUCCUACACGCCCCCGAGAACGGCUGGGGAAACCUGGUCUAUGUGGUAAAUUAUCCCAAAGAAACGGUUCUGCCGGAUAAUAAGAGGAAGAUGGAUGAGAUCGAUGCUUCAUCUGCAACGAAGAUCAAGAGAGGAGAUCAGAAGACUUCAGAUCUGAUUGUGCUGGGUCUGCCAUGGAAGACUUCAGAACAAGACUUAAAAGACUACUUCAGUACGUUUGGGGAAGUCAUCAUGGUGCAGGUGAAGCGGGACGUGAAGACGGGAAAUUCAAAAGGAUUUGGGUUUGUGAGGUUUACAGAGUGGGAGUCUCAGGGUAAGGUGAUAUCACAGCGGCACAUGAUUGAUGGCAGGUGGUGUGACUGCAAACUACCCAACUCAAAGCAAGGUCCAGAUGAACCAAUGAGGAGCAGGAAAGUGUUUGUGGGCCGUUGCACGGAGGACAUGACCGCUGAUGAGCUCCGUCAGUUCUUCAUGCAGUUUGGGGAGGUCACAGAUGUUUUCAUUCCUAAACCUUUCAGAGCGUUCGCUUUUGUCACCUUUGCAGAUGACCAGGUUGCUGCCUCCCUUUGCGGAGAAGAUCUGAUCAUCAAGGGCAUCAGCGUGCACAUCUCCAACGCUGAGCCAAAGCACAACAACACUAGGCAGAUGAUGGAGCGGGCAGGGCGCUUUGGGAAUGGGUUCGGAGGUCAGGGUUUCGGAGGCAACCGUAGCAGCAUGGGGGGUAGCUCCAGCAGCUUGGGAAAUUUCGGCAAUUUUAACCUCAACCCAGCCAUGAUGGCUGCCGCCCAGGCCGCCCUGCAGAGCAGUUGGGGUAUGAUGGGAAUGUUAGCGCAGCAGGGUCAGUCGGCAACAUCUGGCACGAGCACAAGCGGCACGAGUUCCACUCGGGACCAGACCCAGACAUACAGCUCAGGCAACAGCAACUACGGCAGCAGCUCGGCCGCUCUCGGCUGGGGCUCCGGCUCUAACUCUAGCGGUAGUGGGUUUAACUCCAGCUUUGGCUCUAGUAUGGAGUCCAAGUCGUCAGGGUGGGGUAUGUAAGCCGGUUUGUGUUUGAAGUGUCUGUAUUUCUAGCGUGUUUGGUAAGUAUUUUCAGAGAGACUUAUCUCGUCACGUGUGUUUGGGAGUGGGGAUGGGUGAAAAGGGAUUCUGGGGACAAAAAAAAUGAAGAAUGUUUUGUACACUGAAUGGGAUUUGAGUUAGUGUUUGCUACGUU